UUACCUCUUUCGCGUGUCUAAACGCUUUCCUGCGUUGCUAAAGCAGUCGGUUUUGUUGUCGAUAUUAGUUUUAAAUCCUAUUUAAACGAAACUGUUGAAGUCGUCCUGUUGUCGUAAUGUCGGACUUCGACAGCAACCCUUUCGCAGACCCGAACUUCAGCCCCUUUCAGGAUCCAUCAGUGACACAAGUAAGACAACCUGGUCCUCCAGGAUUGGAGGAGUACAAUCCAUUCACAGAUGCCAAACAAAUACCUGCGGCUGUGGGGGCAAAGACUGUAGCGCCCACCAUCAGCAUGCAGCCUGCCAUCAUGAAGCCCACAGAGGAGCCGCCAGCAUACUCUGAGCCUCAGGAACAGCCGAGAGCAGCUGCUGAGCUGUUGAGGAGGCAGGAGGAGCUGGAAAGGAAAGCUGCAGAGCUGGACCGUCGGGAGAGAGAAAUGCAGUCACUCAGUGCUUCAGGAGGCAGGAAAAACAACUGGCCUCCCCUCUCAGAGAAGUUUCCUGUAGGCCCCUGUUUCUACCAUGAUAUUACAGUGGACAUUCCUGUGGAAUUUCAGAAGACAGUCAACAUUAUGUACUACCUCUGGAUGUGUCACACUGGGACCCUGUUUGCAAAUAUGAUUGGCUGCUUGGCCUGGUUCUCUGUGGACAGGGCACGCGGGGUGGACUUCGGCUUGUCCAUCCUCUGGUUACUUAUCUUCACGCCGUGCUCUUUUGUUUGCUGGUACAGACCACUUUAUGGUGCAUUCAGGAGUGACAGCUCAUUCAGGUUUUUUGUUUUCUUCUUUGUGUACAUCUGUCAGUUUGGCAUCUACCUUAUCCAGUCUAUUGGCAUCACUGGUUGGGGGGCCAGCGGGUGGAUUUCAGCUUUGACCGGCCUGAAUCGGAGCAUCCCAGUGGGCAUCAUAAUGCUCUUCAUCGCUGCUCUCUUCACCUCGUUGGCUGUCAUGUCGCUUCUUAUGUUCAAAAAGGUCCAUGCCAUGUACCGCACUACUGGUGCCAGCUUUGAGAAGGCACAACAGGAGUUUGCUACAGGCGUCAUGUCCAACAAGACGGUCCAGACAGCUGCUGCUAACGCAGCCUCCAGGGCUGCACAGGGGGCUUUCAAAGAGCAGGUCUGAUUGGUCCAGAGAGCCUGCUUGUGUUAUGCCCCGCCCCACAGCCCCUCUUUUGCCCACAGGGUGUGUCCCCCAUCCAUUUCCAUUGAGCCAGCAGGCCUGUUUGAACACACGGUGAGUGCCCCAUUUCUCUCACCCGCUCACACCCGAUGUGUAAACUCAGUCUGACUGCGACAGGAGCUGGCGGGAGGAACGUUUAUGGGGCCACAUCGCUCUCCUGACCAAACUCUGCUCCUCGGCCCACUGGUUUGUGACUCACAGACUCUGGAUCUUCUCACUUUUUUAUUUUUUCUUUGUGGUUGUGUAUGUGUGUGGCCAACACAAUGAACAUUUGUGUGCCUCUCUAAUGGUUGGCACCACCCUCAGAGUGCGCCCUCUGUAGACAGAUUGCAAUGUAGCUGAACCAUGUGUGACCUUCUGAACCUUUUCUUUCCCCUGUUUCCAAGUACAGCAUUGUGCUUUCCUGUGUGCCUGACCCGUUCUUUCUUUUCAGUACCUUCUCCAUUUAAAGUGGCUGAUUGUUUGCAUAGAUGGAAGCCUUCGUAAACUAUGUGGUUGUCAUUUUUAGUGCCAGUCCCAAUAUCCACAUGCACACUCACAGACUGUGGUGCGCAUUCACCCAGAGAGGCGGGAGGACUGUCAAAUUGUCAAGGGCACGAAGGUUCUCAUGCAGACUCCUUGAACCCUUUUCGCCCACUUGACAUUUCUACUGAAUUUUCUUAAGGGAAUCACCCACAGUUCAUAGCAUUGUGACAUUACACACAGGGCUGUCUGGGGAAGCCCAGACCCCAAGAUUUCCAUCAUUUGGAUUAUAGUUUUAACAUAAACUGAUAAGAUAAACUUUAUUGGUCCCACAACAGAGAAAAUCACUGUUGUAGCAGCAAAAGUCGUACACGAGUAAAGAAAAAAAAUUUACAUUAAAGAAAGGUGACUAAAGUAUAUUGUAAUGUUUGCUGGUGGAUGCAUAAAUACUGGUGUGAACAGACUGUGUGUAAAAACAAAAUAUAAGUUAAAAAAAAAAAAUAUAUAGAUUGCACAGGAUAAAAUGCACAGAUGUGCUUGUAAUAAAGCACAAAAAGUGGCGGUAAAAGUAGUUAAUAGUGCAAUAGUGAUAUAUUUAACAUAAAGUUUAUUUGUCAGUCAAGUACAAAUGUAACUGUAAGAAUGAGAUUUAUGUAGUAGGCCACUAAUAAUUUGUUUUUUGAAUGCAUAAUAACCAGAUUUAUGUAUUUAUCAUAAAGAAAUCCACUGAAAAUUUUGGUAUAUUGGGUGGAAAGGUGAGCCUUUAUAAACCAAACCAUACGUUUUUAAAAUGUUAUAAAAGUAUUCCAUAUUACACACAUACUUUAUUCAUCAAUCAGUUCCUUAAAUUCUUGCUUAUUGAUGCCAUUUUGGAGAUAAAAGAGAAAAGUAAUUACAGAAUUAGCUCUUGUCCACUCUGUGAGGGAAGAGUAGAGAAAAAUUUGCCCCUCAAAUACUUCUGCUGUGAAAGUAACCAAAAAUAAAAAACAAAAUCUAAAAUAAAAGGCCUCAAACACAAACUUAAAAGAAAAAGAAAUAAAAAACUCAGGCUGUUAACUAAGAUUACACAUUUUCAUUACGUAAAAAUAACAUUUCCAUCUAUUUUCAGAAUAUUUUUAAUAUAAAAGCUACUAAACUUAAUGUGAAAUUGUCAGUCACCCAAAGAUGAAAGUUGUUUUUAAUACAUUAUCAGAUUUAUGUAUGAACAUUCAUCUGAAGCAGUUCAACUGAUACAUGUGGAUGAAAUAACAUGUUAGUUUUGGUUAAAACUGCAAUUUAAAUGGAUGAAAGUGUUGUAAGCAUUUAAAAUG